GCACGCGCUCCCGUAAGCAGCGGAGAUAAAGGUCGGCGGCCGUCUUCUUCCUCCGUCCCGUCUCCCGAUCUACAAAUCUGCUGCUCCGCUCGUGCUUCUCCGAAUCUACUACUACUACUCUGCUGCUCGACCAGCCGCAGCCGGAGCCGGGGCGGCGAGAUGACGGUGGAGAAGGUGGACGCGACGCUGGCCGACUUCGGCGCCCACUUCGAGCGCCUCUUCGCGUCCCCCGACGCGGCCUCCGACGGCAAGGUGAAGCUGCUGCUCUUCCUGGCGGACCGCGAGCCCGGCUCCUCCCUCACCUGGUGCCCCGACUGCAACGUGGCGGAGCCGGUGAUCUACGAGCGGCUGGAGGCCCUGCCGCGGGGCCGGGACGCGGUGCUCCUGCGCGCCUACGUCGGGGACAAGCCCACGUGGCGCGACCCGGCGCACCCCUGGAGGGUGGACCCCAGGUUCGCGCUCAGGGGCGUCCCGACGCUGAUCCGCUGGGAGGGCGGCGCCGCCGCGGCCCGCCUCGGGGACGACGAGGCCCACCUCAAGGACAAGGUCGACGCACUCCUCGGCGCCGGCGGCAACUGACGGAUCGGGCUUGGGUCAGUUCCUGUAUGAGGAACUCGCAGGCCGGGAAAUAGUAAUCAAGAUAUAUAAUAAUGAUUCUACGAGUUAUUUUCUGAUUGAUGAGCUGGAUUGCUCAAUAAUUCUCAGGAUAUGAAUUCAGCCAAAAAAUGACAAAGGGUGUAUGAUGAAUUUGCAGAAAUUGAAUUCAAAAAUUGACAAAGGAUUACUCCACAA